CUUACAUCAACAAUCAACAAUGGAUUCACACCUGUCGGCAUCCCAACUUCGAGGAUCUACUCUCGACUGUGCUUUCUACUCGCGUCGGAUCUGUCCAGGACAAAGUUUCUUGAUCGGACACAACCUGGCUAGCACGCCCGCAGCAGCGCGUUUUGGUAAUGGCACGAUCAGAGAUGCGCUCCUCGGCCCUGGAGCUGAGGCCCAUCGAAUAUCGAUUCGGCUCUUUGGCGCACAUAGACGGAUCCGCAAGCUUCUCGUUCGGAGCUGAGCUGGUUACAUUAGCUGGAGUCAGAGGUCCAUCCGAAGUCCGCAUACGGGACGAGCUCACAGACAAAGGCACCUUGGAGAUCCUCUUUCAACCUUUGGGAAGUCCUGCUGCUCUACCCGCCACGAGCCUGGCAGCAUCUCUGAGGUCACUAUUCUCGGGCAUCAUCAGGCUGAAUGUGUACCCACGAACGCUGGUACAAAUCAAUUUGCAGACUUGCUCGGUCCCACUCGAGCCUCAUCGACCUCCUACGGAAGAAGAGAACGAUAAGCUUUUGCCUCCGCACCCGGAUGCUCCCAUCUCUGCACCCGAGAAAUCAGCCCUCAUCAACGCUAGCAUGGCAGGCCUCAUAGAUGCAGGCGUAGAGUGCAGAGCUACAGUCACCAGUGUCAGUCUGGCUUGUCUGCCUCGGAGAAAGGCCAAGGAGCUGAGAGAGAACAGAAGAGCUUGGAGAGCUGGUGAAGUGGAUGUCACCCAAGAGGAUGAUGAGAUGGAGGAAGGCGAUGAGUCCACGAUUUUGCUCGACCCUACCCCCGCCGAGCUGAGAUGGGCGACUAGCAACCAUGUCUUUGCGUUUGCAUUUUCUGGCUACUCACCCCAAAAUCCAGGCCAAGUACUUACCGAGCUGGUGUUUGCGGAAAGCUCGGGGCGUGCAGAGUGGUUGAAGCACAAAGAGGUCAUAUCCUUGGCUAGGGAGGCGGCGCAAUCUGUUCUCUCCGUGUUACGACAAACAUGCCGGAAGAAUGCGACAGAAACAUGAUUGAGACGCCAUGCAUUGCUGAAGCUGAGGCAGUAUCUGCCAAAGGUGCCUGUUUCCUCGCCGAGCUUCCAUUCCCUUGGCCGGCAGUCGUAGAGUAAGCAGCCAUCCACAUCUGCAGCCUCACUGUAAGCAUCGGGAAAUAAUGGCGCGACUACGCCAGGUCUAGUCAUGUUUCGCUUUCACAAUGCGGUCAACGGUGCUCAAAAGCAUUCAAUUCUAGAUCAUCCUUAUCCCCUUGAAGCUGCUCA